AUGUCGUCGUCGUCGGCAGUCGCCAGGCGGCUCGAGGGUAAGACGAUUGUCAUCACGGGGGCGUCGUCGGGCAUCGGGCGCAGCUGCGCCUUCGAAUUUGCGCGCGCCGCGCCGGCCAACAGCCUCAAGCUGGUGCUCACCGCCCGCCGCAUCGACGCCCUCCGCGACGUCGCCGCCAAGAUCCGCGCCGAGGUCGGCGACGGCGUCAAGGUCCUGCCUGUUCAGCUUGACGUUAGUAGCCCCGACCAGGUCAGGGCUUUUGUGGCGGGCCUGCCCGACGACUUCCGCGACAUCAACGUGCUGGUGAACAAUGCUGGUCUGGUUAAAGGAGUGGCCAAGGCGCCCGAGAUCGCCGAGCAAGACAUCAACGUCAUGUUCCAGACCAACGUGACGGGGCUCAUCAACAUGACGCAGGCCGUGCUGCCCGUCUUCCAGGCGCGGCCCGACGGCGGCGCCGGCGACAUUAUCAACAUUGGCAGCAUCGCCGGCCGCGACCCCUACCCGGGCGGCAGCAUCUACUGCGCUACCAAGGCCGCCGUCCGCAGCUUCACCGAGAGCCUGCGCAAGGAGCUGAUCGCCACGCGCAUCCGCGUCAUGGAGGUCGACCCCGGCCAGGUUGAGACGGAAUUCUCCGUCGUCCGCUUCAACGGCGACAAGGCCAAAGCCGAUGCCGUCUAUACCGGCUGCGAGCCGCUCACGCCAGACGACAUCGCCGAGGCGGUCGUGUUUGUCGCCGGAAGGCGCGAGAACGUCGUCAUUGCCGACACGCUAAUCUUCCCCAACCACCAGGCCGGUGCCGGUAUCAUGCAUCGCAAGUCGACAUAA